CUGCUGCAAAGCAUUCAACAGCACUUCAACUGAGAGCAGGAGUGAUGGUCGAAGCAAUUUUAACGAGCUCUGAUUGGUCGGAUCAGACAGGAUUUUCCAGGGAGUUAGGGUUGGGAGUCUGAGAUUCAGGUCAUCCCUCCCAUUACGGUGCAGAUUCAGAGAAUACGGAGGCAGGGCGACGUCUUUCAACCUGAAGAAGCUUUUCCCUGUGCUGCCAACAUCACUCGACUUUAGACUUGAGGCGGAACAGGAAAUCCGAAGGAUCAAGAUGCACGUGUCGAGGAUCGUGCUGCUCAUCGCGGCGCUCGCCACGCCUGCUGCCGUGCACGCGCGCGCCAUGGACGUGGACGAAUGGCCGUCGACUGAGAGUGAUCACACGAAGCUGCAGAUUGUGCUGCCCGAGAAACUUAUGAAGAAGGACGGAUACGCGCAUAAGGAGGCACUGUUUGGCUACCCGUCGUACUCAAUGGGCUCGCUACAGACUCAACUGGUGUACACUAGCGAGUCUGGCUGCGAGGAGAUCAAGAACGACGGCUGGGAGCCGCCUUUCGCGCUCAUGCUCGACCGUGGAGACUGUCACUUCGUGGAGAAGGUGCGCCGCGCUCAGCACGCCGGCGCUCGUGCCGUGCUCAUCGCAGACAACAAGUGUCUGUGUACCGACGUGGAGUGUCUUCGCGAGACGGGAGACGACUUUUGCGAGACGGUUCUUCCCUUCAUGGCAGACGACGAGUCGGGUGGAGACAUCUCUAUCCCUAGCAUGUUGAUCCGUAAGAGUGACGGUGACGCUAUUAAGCGUGAGAUCGCGCAGAGCAAGGGAGUCAGCAACGUAAUGGUCAAGUUUGACUGGGGUAUUCCCUCUCCUGAUGGCCGUGUGGAGUGGACUCUGUGGCAGAGCGCUUGGGACGACCAAUCGUUGUCGACGCUGGCCAAUCUGGAGGAGAUGGUCACCGCUUUGGCCGACCGCGCCUUCUUCACGCCGCAUUUCGUGUCCUAUAAUGGCACUAAGGUCGGUUGUCACGACAAUAGCGACCCCGGUACAUCAGCUUGCGGUAAUAUGUGCCUGAACAACGGUCGCUACUGUCUCCUGGACCCUUCACCUUUCCACGACCGCUCGACUGGCGCAUCGGGAGCUGAUGUGGUGCUGGAGAACCUGCGACGUAAGUGCAUUUGGAAAUUGGAGAGCGAGACGGACCCAGGUGUUGGUCUGAAGUGGUGGAAGUACGUGAAAGCUUCCGGAGAAGCUUGUGGACAGGACGAAAACAUGUUCCGGGAGCGAUCGUGCGCUGAGAAGGUUAUGAAGAAGCUGAACAUCGACAUUAAGGCAGUCGAAGAGUGUAUGCAACCCUAUGGCGUCAAUGUGGAUGAAGUAAACCCACUGCUUGAGGAGGAGCUGAAGGAGCAGACAGCACUUCAGCUUCUGCGGCUACCAGCGUUGUACGUGGACGGAGUGCACGCUCGUGGUCGCGUGGACCCCACUAGCAUUUUGGGUAUGGUAUGUGCUGGCUACGGCGUUCACGACCCUCCCGAGGUUUGCUCGUGUGCUAGUCAGUCAUCAGUGGGCCUUUUGGACUGCGUUAAGGUGGGAAGUCUCGCGAAUGCUGCUGCCAUUACGGGCAACGGCGGCUAUUCCUUCACGUCGCUCGUGGUUGUGCUGCUCGCAUUCGUGGGUAUUGUGGCUGCAGGUGGCUUUGUCUACUAUCGCCGUACUCAGCGUCACAUGCGCGACCAAGUUCGCAGCAUUUUGGCUGAGUACAUGCCGCUUGAGGACCAGACAAUGGACGAUGAAUAUGAUUUGGAAGAUGAGAGAUCUCGAAUGCUACACCCAGCAGAGCGUGCUGCUGCCAAGAGUCCCCGCGGCUACAUGCCUUCGCGCGGCUUUCUAGAAGAAGACGAAGAGGAGGGCAUGUAGAUAGGCAUUCAGCCCCAAUACGUUGCAAGGCAUGCUUUGUUGUCUAUCCUGCAUGGAUGUCUUCUGCCGGGGAAAAGUAUCAACGAAAGAAAAAAGAGAAGGCAAGAAUUAGCGUGGAAGGAACACGAUGUUUAAUCGAUGAAGCUUUGAUUUGGAAGUACCGAUCCGAGUAGCUCAAAUCACUGUGACCCUACAAAAGCAAAUCAUCAGUACUUUAUUACUCGAACAACAACGAACUUGUAUAGAACUUCCGCCGUUGGAUGGCAUUCAGACGAAAAAGCCCCAUUAAUUUUUAAUGGCUUUUUUCGUUUGAAUGCCAUCCCGGCCAAUCAGAUCUCUCGAAAUUUUUUUCCAUUCCCAUUUACUAGUAAGUUGUCGGCCUAAAAAGGACCCUAAUGUGAAUUUAUGGGUUCCCAAAA